UUAGACAAGGAGGACAGUCUUUUGAGUGAAACAAUGUAGCCAAGGCUGGCUGCAGCUGCCAGCAAGUGAAAGUGGGAAAAACCCUGGUUAAUUAUUUCCUCAUUUUGAUUUCUUAUCCCCUUCUGGCUCACUUCCUCUUCAUAACUUCACAGUAGGUGAUAUCACAUAAUCCAGAGGUCGCAAAGAUGGUUGGACUAAACAGGCUCUCACUUCACUGAUGGGGAAACUGAGUCCAGGGAAGUGAGGAAGGACAGCCCAGGGACACAGGCCUCUGGGUGCCAGACAGAAUUGGGAGUCUAGGCUGGAGUUCUGCUGGGAACCUGCGUGCACCCUGCUGUGCUGGAAUUUGCCAUGGUUUGUUGAGUGGCAUUGGCCACAGGCUGUGUGGAACCAUCUCCCAGGAGCCUGUUGCUGAAAUUUUGCCCCAUUGGUCCGGAUUGCUGGGCUCUUGCUGUCACUUCUUAGGUCUGUGGACACACGCAAGUGCCAACCUGGCUGGAGGCUUGCACACCCUCAGGCCAUUUCCAGGAACUUUUGCCACAGGUGUCAAAGACUGACCCGCAAAGAUGCUGAGACAGAUACUGGCAGAGAUGUACAUAGAUCCUGACCUCUUGGCAGAGCUCAGCGAGGAGCAGAAACAGAUCCUGUUCUUCAAGAUGAGGGAGGAGCAGAUCCGACGAUGGAAAGAAAGAGAAGCAGCCAUGGAAAGAAAGGAGUCCUUGCCAGUGAAAUCCAGACCAAAGAAAGAGAAUGGCAAGUCUGUGCACUGGAGACUGGGCGCUGAUAAAGAAGUAUGGGUGUGGGUGAUGGGCGAACACCAUCUGGAUAAACCCUAUGACUUGCUCUGCAGUGAGAUUACCUCAGAGAGGGCAAGGCUGAAAGCCCAGCAGGAUGCAGAAGGCCAGAGAAAAGCUCAAAUCGAAGAAGUCAGCAAUAGCAUGAAAACGAAAUCACAGUAUUAUGAUCUGCAAGCACCAGAUAAAUCAGAGACUCAGAGCAUCUCUAAGAAGAUAGGAGGAGGGGAAUCCAGACAGGGAUUUAGACCAGGACCAACGCUUGGAGAAGAAGAAAAAACUCAAUCACCCACCAGUUCUUCAAGAAAUAUUCAACAAAUGUUGGCAGAUUCUAUCAAUCGUAGGAAGGCAUAUGGAUUUCAUCAGAAGAAAGAACCUUUGAAGAAAAAACCAGAUGAAGAAAAUAAGCAAGUAGAGGAAGAGAAAACCAAGCAGAUUUAUAAGAACUGGAAAGAAGAUUCUGAGUGGCAGGCAUCUUUGCGAAAAUCCAAAGCAGCCGAUGAGAAGAGACGCUCCCUGGCUAAACAGGCCAGGGAAGACUACAAGAGGUUAUCCCAGAGAGGAAGAAGCGGCGAGGGGCUGCAGAGCGCUCCUCAGAAGCCCAGAAGACCCCCGCUUCCACCCAAGCCCCAGUUCCUACCCCCGGCGGGGUGCCCCCAGAAACCACCGGGAAAUCAGGGAGUGACCAGGACGGCACCCACCCCUGCCCAGGCAGACAUCAUCCGAUGGUUCAAAGAGGAGCAGCUCCCCCUCCGAGCGGGCUUCCAGAAGAGCUCAGACACGAUCGCCCCCUGGUUCCACGGAAUUCUCACCCUAAAGAGAGCAAAUGAACUUCUGAGCACAGGCCUGCCGGGCAGUUUCUUGGUCCGAGUCAGUGAGAGGAUGAAGGGCUAUGCAUUAUCCCACCUGUCAGAGGAAGGCUGCAAACAUUUCCUCAUCGAUGCCUCUGCCGACUCCUAUAGCUUCCUCGGUGUGGACCAGCUGCAGCAUGCCACCCUGGCUGACCUGGUGGAAUAUCACAAGGAGGAACCCAUCACUUCUCUGGGGAAGGAGCUCCUGCUCUACCCCUGCGGGCAGCAGGAUGAACCACCUGAUUACCUGGAGCUCUUUGAGUGACAGCCUCCGUCCAGGCCGUUCUGCAUCCCCGACCUGGACAGGCACCACUGACAUGGACAUUCGUGUAUGAAGCCAAAAUCACCCUGCAGCUGCACUAGCACUCCACAUGGAGUGUCCCUGGAGGCCUGGCUGCAACCUCCUUGGCACAGACAUCGGGGUGUUACCCCUCAUCCGCAAAGGGCAAGAGUACCAAUGUCAGCAAUGACCUGACCUGAAGAAUACGACCUUCAUGACAUCUGGAAGAAAAAAAAAAAAAAACGAACAAAGGAGAAACUGGACACUUCCCAGAAUUCAGUUGUACUUCCAAAGAAGUAGCUCCGGUGAGCUUCUUUGUGAGCUGCCACAGCCCUCUCUGUCAUUUCAGAGGUCCUGUUGAUAGGAACUUCCAUCUUGUCUUUGGAAUGCUGGCAAACAAAACAGUCCUUCCUGAGGCCUAACAGGAUGCUGGGUGAUCUAGGGGAUGCUAGAUGAGCUGGGAUAUAGGAGAC